CCGCCUCCUCCGCCACCACCACUCCCACUCCGCCACCUCUUCCUCCGACCUCCCAGACCUCGCAGAGGAGGAUGUUUGGCCCACCGCCACCGCUACCGCUACCUCCGGUGACAAGAACCGAUGGCGCCGCACCGGCGGACUGUCGAGAGCUUUGGACAGCGGUGGAGCGGUGGCGAUGUCGUCACCGCCGGUGGCUGUAACGUUUGGGUCGGCGCAUCUUGGGGGCGGGUAUGCGGGGGAAGAGGAGGUGGAGGAUGAAGGGGAGUGGAUACCGCCGCACGUGUACCUUGCACGUGAGCAGAGGAAGACGGCGAUGGCAACCUCGGUUUUCGAGGGGGUUGGCCGGACCCUCAAAGGACGAGAUUUGAGCCGGGUUCGUAAUGCCGUCUGGAGUCAAACCGGUUUUUUUGGCUGAACCGACUAUAUAUAUAUAUAUAUACUUCUAGUAUUAGUUGUUUGGAACGCCCAUUUUAAGAAAAAAUAUCACCUCAGAAUUUCGCACGUAGAGUUUGUGAGGAGUCCAAUGAAAUCACGCAAUAGAAGAAUAUUUCUGGUAGCACAAGGGACUAUUCCCCGUGUUAUUCAGGUGUUAUUGCAUGUUAUUCAUGUGUUAUUGCAUGUUAUUUAGGUGUUAUUUUGUUCUGAGAAUAUUUCUGGUGUUAUAAUAACACAAUAACAUAUGAAUAACACCGGAAGAAUAUUCUCAUGUGUUACACGACAUAUUUUUUUUUCUCACAUUCACGUAUAUGACGUGAUUUCAUUGGAUUUCGCACGUAAC